CCUCCCAGGGGAGGGGCUGGCCUACUGACUCCUCCCAGGGGAGGGGCUGGCCUGCUGACUCCUCCCAGGGGAGGGGCACCUCACCCUGGAGAACUGGCCUGCUGACCGUCACCUCACCAUUCACAAAGAAUCCCUAACCACACCUGAUAUGAAACAUUCAUGAACCUCAUGUUGUUUUUGGGUGGUAACCCAGUGAGUGGUUUUUGUUGUAGGGUUGUGGAUUUGGCCUACACUACACUACUGUUACUAUAAUGUAGUUUGCAGUGUAAAACAUGGUGUUAAAACGGUUAUAGGUAAUUUAGUUUGAGUUCAAAUAAUGUUAUUUCUGCGUUUUGUUGGACAAUUGUUGGACUGUAUAAUCGUUGACUAUUCGCAUUUAAGUUUACAUCAAUUACAUUACUUUGAAUUAGUUUUGAUUAAAAUCUAAACUAUGACGUUUAACAGAAAAACAGAAAAAGUGCUUUGUUUUUCUGUGGUUACUGUAAGGCUCCUUAGAACUGUAGCAUAUAACACUGAACUAGUAAACCAAGAGGACAGAAGCUUUUUUAGCAUAAAAGGUCGGUUUUUUGUAUUGCGGUCGGUUCCGGUUGAUAAGAAUCACAUGGCCUCCAUCUCCAUGUGUUUUUUUUUUUUUACAAUUCAACCCCCAUACAAGCCAGAGUAUAAUAUGAGCCAGUAGUGGGCGGAGGAGGACUUGUGCUUGGCUGAUGAUCUCACAUGACUCCGUGACAGUCUGCAGUGUGAUGUUGCUCCACCACACCUACAGAAGACGUCCCUCCAGCGCCAGUCCUGCACGGCAGCGGUGCGGCUCACUACUCACGAUGCUCCGAUGUGAGAAUUCAGAUUCCCGAGUGGUUGCCUUAUGAGAUUUCAGAAGACAAACCUUUUGAUGGCAUCUGGCAGAACUUCAAAGACUUCUCUAGAGUGCAAGAAUGAAAAUAAGAUGCUCCCCCUUCCAUAAAGUGAGACGCAGAUGUUGCCUGCUCUGCGUGUCUCUGCUGGCUCUGUGCCUGCUGAAGCUGGUCUACAUCAAGGUGUCAGUGAGAAACCACUUCUACAUCGAGCCUUAUGGGAUCACCGCCAGUGCAUACAGGAUCAAAACCCACAGGUACAACAUCAACUGCACGGCCAUAUACAACCUGGACCCUGUGGAGAUUGGCAAGUCCCUGGAGAUACGGAGGAAGGUGAUCGUGGACCUGGAGGACGACAGCGUAGUGUCUCUGACCGCAGACUGUGAGAGGUAUGUGGAGGCCAGAGGAUAUGACCUCAUGUCGGUCUCUGAGGAAGAGAGAGGUUUCCCGCUGGCGUACUCGCUGGUGGUCCACAAGAACGCUCCCAUGGUAGAGCGCAUCCUGCGAGCCAUCUACGCACCUCACAACGUCUACUGCAUCCACUACGACCAGAAGUCCUCCCUACCCUUCAUCACAGCCAUGAACAACCUGGCUCGCUGCCUCCCCAAUGUGUUCAUCGCCUCCCGGCUGGAGACCGUGUUGUACGCCCACAUCACACGGCUCAACGCCGACCUCAACUGCCUGUCUGACCUGCUGGCUUCAGAGGUCAGCUGGAAGUACGUCAUCAACCUGUGCGGCCAGGACUUCCCGCUCCGGGGGAACAGGGAUCUGGUGAGGGAGCUCCGGGCGCUGAACGGCAGCAGCAUGCUGGAGUCCAGCCGGCCCAGCCAACUGAAGAAGCAGCGCUUCCUGUUCCAGCAUGAGCUGAAGGACGUCCCGUACGAGUACCGCCGUCUCCCGGUCAGGACCGGCCGGCCCAAGGCCCCGCCACCGCACGCGCUGCAGGUGUUCAGCGGGAGCGCAUACUUCAUCCUGCCUCGUGACUUUGUCAGCUUUGUGGGCAGCAGCCCCGUGGCUCGGGACUUCCUGGCGUGGUCCGCAGACACGUACUCCCCCGACGAGCACUUCUGGGCCUCGCUGGUGCGCGUCCCGGGCGUACCGGGAGGCAUCCUACCGACCGCCCCCGACGUGACUGACCUGCAGAGCCGUACGCGCCUGGUGAAGUGGAACUACCUGGAGGGCUCACUGUACCCUCCCUGCUCCGGCGCUCACAUGAGGAGCGUCUGCAUCUACGGUGCGGCUGAGCUACGCUGGCUGCUCAACUACGGACACUGGUUUGCCAACAAGUUUGAUCCCAAAGUGGACCCAGUGCUGAUCAAGUGCUUGGAGGAGACACUGGAGGAGAAGAGACAGCACAGUAGGAACUUGGUGAAUGAGGAGAAAUGAAGACAGGGAGCGCCCUGUUGUGUGUUUGGAGAGUGAGGAGCACCAGGAGUUUGGGGAGCUCAUACUAAGAGGGCAGGAUGAAGCUCUUUCCUACAGCUACGUUCCGUCCUGUUUGUGACUGAAUCCUUCAGGAGACAGAACCUUCAGGAGACAGAACCUUCAGGAGACAGAAUCUUCCUGUUCUUCUCUGAGGAGUGCAUGUGUCGCUGUACACCACAGAGUUAUGCAACAAUAAUGCCUAUCACAAGGAGAAAUGCCAUCUUUGAAAAGUGUCUUGAAUUUACAGCCAUUCCUGUGUCCGUGUGCUGUGAUCUCUCUGUCCUUCAUGCAGCACCAAAGAACCCUCCACUUUCCAGACCAAUCACAGACACACCCACACACACCUACCACCAACACUCCAACGGUUUGGAAACAUUGACAAAUAUCAAUGUUUAUUUUAUAAUGUAUGCAGUGAAGCUGAAGAAAGGAGAGUUUGAUACAACAGCAACUGCGUUAUCUUUAUUUUAUUUAUUUCUUAAUAAAAAUAUGAUCUAAAGUAACUUUUUACUAUGACGCAUUUAGCCGUGGUGCAACACAUGUUUACAUAUUUGUCUAUAAAUGGAACAUGUUUGUUCAGUGUAGUCCUUUAAUUUGAGCAAAUAUCCAAAACACAGGUAGUGUUCAGCUCUGUUAUAAUGCUCACUUACAUUAUAAUUCCAGCUACUUUUUAAUGUUCUACGUAGCCAACUGCCUUGUUGAUAAAUAUUGGCUAACCAUUUAAAAUCAGGAAUGCUUUCAGUUUUAAUGAGGUUCAAGUCUGACAGACUGGCGUUAGUUUUCAGGUGUGCCAGCUAUCCUGCUGGCAGGUAUGUGUCACUGUUAGAGAAUGGGACACAGAGGCUUGCUGGCAGGGUGAAAU